AGCAGUUGCAAUGGGUGCUGUAAUGGGCACGUUCUCUUCUCUGCAAACCAAACAAAGAAGACCCUCGAGAGAAUUCGCCCGGUGGUAUUACCUGUCUCAGAGAGAUAAAAUUGAAGAUGAAUUGGAAAUGACCACAGUAUGUUACCGGCCUGAAGGACUGGAACAACUUGAGGCACAAACCAAUUUCACAAAGAAGGAACUCCAAGUGCUUUACAGAGGAUUCAAAAAUGAAUGUCCCAGUGGAGCCGUUAAUGAAGAGACAUUUAAACAGAUCUAUGCACAGUUUUUCCCACAUGGGGAUGCUAGUAUGUAUGCCCAUUAUCUCUUUAAUGCAUUUGAUACAGCACAGAAUGGAUCCGUGAAGUUUGAGGAUUUUGUGACGGCACUAUCCAUUCUGUUGAGAGGAACAGUUCAUGAAAAGCUACGAUGGACAUUUAAUCUGUAUGACAUAAACAAAGAUGGCUAUAUAAACAAGGAGGAAAUGAUGGAUAUCGUAAAGGCAAUUUAUGACAUGAUGGGCAAAUACACCUACCCAGUGCUGAAAGAAGAUACACCAAGGCAGCACGUAGAAGUAUUUUUCCAGAAAAUGGAUAAAAAUAAAGAUGGUGUCGUAACUUUGGAUGAGUUUAUUGAGUCAUGUCAGGAGGAUGACAAUAUCAUGAGAUCCUUACAGCUUUUUGAAAAUGUCAUGUAACAGCCAUCUGAAGAGCAACGUAGGAAUGUGAGACUUUAUAUGUAAUGAAACCCUGAAGGAAAUGAGUCAAGAUUUUUCUCCCAACCACCUUUUUUGAUGAAAGCUUUUUACUACUUGGACAUACUCAGCGUGCAAGGAUUUUGUAUGCCAUCACCAACUGAGCUGUGUCUCUGAAUGCAACAAACUCAAUCUCGCCUCCCUCAAGAGACACUGACUAGAAUUUAUUUCAUUUGGAAGCAUGCUAAUAAAGCCUGACCAGAGAGACCUGCUGCUUAAAAGUUUAAUGAAUUAUUGAAGUUUAAAUGGUUGAAACAAUAUUCAACAUUCUGUUUGCUAAUCACAAAACUUCUGCUGCUUUUGCUCUAGCAAGCUGGACUGCGUAUGGUAGCACAGCAUCAGUAGCUUGCUUAACCAUCUAUUGUGAGCAGAAACUCUUUUUGUAUCAUCACGGGACAAAACGUUGUGCUAAUAUUUUGCUUUGACAGAAAGAAAUAUUCUAGGAAAAGUUGUGCAGGUUUGCAAACUGUCAUCAGUUUAAUAUGGUAAAUGGAGGAAGGGAUUAAUUUACAACCUGAUCAGUAUAUUGGGCAACAAAUGCAGGGCCAUGGCUCAUUUGCUGCACAGGAUUCAGAAAUUUUCCUUCUAGGAUGUGCUUCCUGUUUAGUGAUAUUGCAUUUUCCCAUCACUUA